UCACUCAAAAAUAACGCGGGAUCACAGACUUAAAAACGACAGAGCGGGACAUGUCAAGAGUUGAACAAAACAGCAGGAAAGUUCUGGCUUCGGUCGAAUUUAUAUAUGUUUCACUUUGAAACUUUAAAUUUGAUUGAUUAAAAGAACAACAAUCCCGAGCUGCAAACAGAGAAAAUACAGUUAGCUUACCAUUUUUGGCAGACGUUUGUUUGUAUCAGCUCGUCCCAGCUAAUCAGCUGGUCGCUUUAGCCUUCUGAAUGGAUAGCACAGAGGACAUAUCUGCUAGGGUUUUGCUUAAACGGAUUCUCGUUGAUGAGCCACCCAGAACUCCAGUCACCAACAGUGCCUUCCAGGAACCAGGUCCCAGCAGUGUACGAUACAGUGCCAGACUAAGACGGAAAAGUGCUGAAGUCCAAACCCCACAAGACAUUGUGAGACGCAGCCAGAGGCAGAAGAUUAGAGAAAGUAUAUCCAAAAAGUCCUUGCCUCCUAUUAAACGUAGAACUGCCUCAAUUAGAAAUGUGAAUGCUUCUGCAGCAUCUUCGAUUCUUAUUAGUGAUGGAGACACUCCAAGGCACUUGCUUAGGAACAUUUUGCAGACAGAGCCGUUGAAGUCCCCUGUAGUUCAUAAAAGGGGUCCCACUAAAGAGCCGGAACCAUCUUCACCCGAUGAUGGCAUCAUGAGGACUCAUCCCAGUAUUGAGCUGUCUGGACUGGAUCUACCUGACCUAACUUUUAGGAAUGCCGAGAGUACCAUAAAGGUACUUGGCAGAAAGAGACCACGACGCAGUCUUAACAUAACAGCCUUUGAAAAACGACUGAAAGAUGGAGACGAUGAAGAACGUGAACAUUUAUCAGGGGAUCAUUCAUCUCUUUCUUUGUCGAGUUCCACUUCUUUGAGUCUGAAAACCCCUUUUGUUGAUAUUCAAACUGAGAAAAAAGUGGGCUUGCGAAGGAGAGUCUCUAGUCGCCGAAAGGUCACAGAGGAAGAAUUUGGGGCGGCUAUUGACAAACAGAUAGGAGGUGUGCACCACAGUGGGCUGGCAGAGAAAACCCUGGGUGACACAGCCCACAUUGAGGGGUUUACAUUGGGUCUAAGCAAACUCGGCGAGCCGGACAUCACCACUGAUAUUGUAACUUGCAGCACGGCCCUCUAUAACCAACAAGAUGCUAUGACCUCCAACUUUUCCAUGAUCGCAAAUCAGGACAAAUCCACAGUCCUGGCAUCUCAGCUGCAGAGAGAGAUUGAGCAGAGCUGUCUGAGGAGAGGUGACUCUGUGCACGCCGAUGCAGGUGAAGCAGAGGCUGUGAUAAAACCUGAACACAUUGAAGAGGAAGGCUUUGAAGCAGAAGGUCAAAAUGGUGAAUCUAACAACCAAAGCGACAGUGUUCCUGAAUUGUCAGAACCAGAGGAGGAGGAAGGUGCUGCUGGAUCACCGACUAAGGAGGAGUUGGGUGCUAUCCAAUCUGAAGAUGUGGAGACGAGCUCUCAGGAUGAAGAAGAGGCGGCUGCACCACACUCCCAAACUGAGGAGGAAGGGGAACAUCCCUCUGACUCCCAAACUGAGGAGGAAGGGGAACGUCCCUCUGACUCCCAAACUGAGGAGGAAGGGGAACGUCCCACUGACCCCCAAACUGAGGAGGACGGGGAACAUCCCACUGACUCCCAAACUGAGGAGGACGGGAAACAUCCCACUGACUCCCAAAUUGAGGAGGAAGGGGAACGUCCCACUGACUCCCAAACUGAAGAGGAUGCAGCAGAGGCCAGUUCUUCACCUGAGGAAGAACAUGGUGAUCCACGUUCUCAUUCUGAUCAAGAUGACCAGAUUGGAACAGAUUUUGCAGACUUUCAAGACGAAGCAAGCGGCCAGUCUAAAAAUGUUGAAGCAGAGUCCAGUUCUGAGGAAGAUGAAAACGCUGCUGAGUGUCAAUCUGAGGAUUUCUCCAGUGGGGCAGAGGAAGUUGAGGUAGAGCGGGAGCAGCCGGAGUCUGACUUGGAGCACAUCACCCGUCAGGCUGAUGGCUUCACAAGAACAUUCAUCCUGCCUGUCUCAGAGGUAGGACAGGAUUUGGCCCAAACCACUGCAGCAGGUUGGUCUAAUCCACAGUCUAAAACAAAAACCCGUUUGGAAGUUGGAAGCCCCGACAGCAGCUGGAAGUCUGGCCGGGCUCAAGCCGCUGUGCAAGAGUCUGUGGCAGGAAGGGAAGAACCCUUUCAUCUUCUUGGUUUGACCCAGGACAUCGAAGAUGACCAGCACCAGAGUGACUCUCCACCUGAAGAAGCUCAAGCUCAGGAUGCUGCUGAGCAAGAGGAGGAGUGGGAGGAUGAAGAUGACGGUGAAGAAAGUCAUGAGUUCUCUGGAAAGACCCCAGCUUUUGUCAAAGAGAGAAGAACCUUUUUUGAACCUGAUUCUCCAACUUUAACUCCUCUUUCUAAAAAUGUUCAACUCAGCGUCACAAAUGAAGUGGUACCCCCAGCUAAACCGAAGCAGGCGAGAAAGAAGAGAACAAAGGUCUCUACAGGGAAAGGUGUCCUUCCUAAGGCCUAUCUUAUGAGUGUCUUCAGACACUUUUCCAAAACAAAAGUCUCUCCAGACGUCUACCCCGUCCUAAAUGAGAUAAUGAAUAAGUUUUUUGACCGGAUGGCUCAAGAUUUGGAGACCUAUGCAGCCCACGCUAAGAGAAAAACUAUUGAUGUUGAAGAUGCCAUACUCCUGUUGAGAAGGCAGGGCUAUGUGAACGACAAAGUUCCAGUGGAGGUGCUCAUUGAAAAAUAUCUUCGAAUGGAGCAGCGGAAACUUCUGAUUCCGAUCGCAACCAGCGGAAAUGUUGUCGUCCCUAAAAAGAGAAGGUGAAUGUUCUCGAAACAACUGCUUUCUGCCAUCCAUUCCAGCCACUACAGUUGUUUUUCAGGAAGUGUUUUGCUGUAAAUGUGUAAAAUUGUCUAUAUUUAAAAACCUAUAUCUGCCAGGGUUGUGUUGUGCAUAGUACAUGCAUUGGUUUGGACAGCUACAUUAUUUUAUCCUUUUUAUUUCCCAGAAUGCAUCAUUUAUAUUUGUUUCUGUCACCAGGACAGAAUUAUUGUGACUAAAAGGUUUUCUGAAAAUAAACUUUAUUGUGAAAAGUA